AUAAUUUGGUAAAUUGACAGGUGCGGGGGCCUCAUCCAUCAUUUUACGGAGUAUUUAUUUACGUAAAAACCAAUUAGUUUAGCCAUUUAUAAGUUUUACAACCGAAUAAUAUACUCAGCUAGAGAAAACGCUUUUAAAUACAACCGCGCCACUAUAAAAUUCAACGUCGCCCAUGCCUGAGUAACGAUUUGAAAAAUUAAUAUUGUUUUAUUUUGGUGGUGUGAUAAAAAAAUUCGAGUGCUAUUAUCUAACAGUAAGGUUUGUUGGAUGGUUGAAAAUGAUACCAGAUAACGUGACCCUGGUCGUGAAGGCCCCAAAUCAGCAGAUUGAAGACCAGAACAUAGAAUGUCAGUCGUCAUGGACAGUGAGGCAACUGAAAGGACAUCUUUCGGAAGUGUAUCCUAGUAAACCGAGCACGGAUGAACAAAAAAUCAUAUACUCUGGACAACUCCUGGACGACAACACAGUCUUAAAAGACGUCCUCCGAACUUAUGAGAGCCAGAUCAUCCAUACUAUGCACUUAGUGUGCACACCCAAGCGAAGAAUGCCUGAGCCCACUCCGGACCCAACCCCUGAGGGACUCAGACGGAGAAACGUCCCCGUCCCUGAGGAGGAAAGGCCUGUGGAAAACAGGCCAGAGACGAGACAGAAUGACCAGAAUCACACUGUUGAAAUGCAGAACUAUCUGAGUUCUUUCGUCAAUAAUUAUGGAAGGGUGCCUCCUUAUCCGAAUUAUAAUAUGGGUGAAGGUUACCUCCCAGUGCCGAAUGAUCCAGCCAUGCUCGCGAAUCAUAUGAUGAUGAUGCAGCAAGCGUAUUUGCAGUACAUGCAGCAGUAUGCGAAUAUGUGGCAAGCAGGCGCGCCGCCGCCGGCCGCGGCCCCCGAGACCCCGCCGGCGCCCGCCGCGCCGCCCGCGCCCCCCGCCGACGACGAAGACGGCGCGGCUCGAGAUUGGCUCGACCAUCUCUACGCGGCUUCGAGACUGGCCAUACUGUUCUCGCUGGUGUACCUGUACGGCAGCCCGGCGCGGCUGCUGCUUGUCUUGCUGCUGUGCGCCGCUGGCUAUCUCCACCAGAUAGGCUUCUUCCGCGAUCUCCAAGUGAACCCACAGGAAGCAAUGCGCGCCCCACCCGCCGAAGCGCGCGAAAAUCCCGCGCCAAAUAACGUUAACAACGAGGCUAACGUUAAUAACGAAGCUAACGUUAAUAACGCGAACAACGCUAUUCCUAACCUCAACGCCCCCGCCCCCGAAACCACAGACAAUAUAAACGACAACCAACAGUCGUUACUAGCUGUCACUUGGAUGAUUUUCACCUCAUUCUUUGCCUCCCUCAUACCAGACACGAAUUAAAAAGUUAACGUUUGUCCGGUGCGUUUCUCUCGUGUCGUUUUGGUCGAUACGUCAAAUGGACUAGUAAAAUAUAUUCGGUUACUAUUUCGCUCCGUCACAAUUAAAAGCGCGGGUAGUUUUAUAAGAAAAGGGAGGCAAAGGGUCGUUUCAUAAAGCCGGUGUAGUUUCAUUUUGAAAUUUGAAAUUAUUAACAAAAUGAGAAUAGACUAGAAUGUUAUUAAUGUUGCCAACAGGUUUAAUUUCACAUUUCAUUACCUCUCUUUUAUCGUGACAGGAGUUUUUAUUUAAAAAAAUGCAAUUCUAGGCCAUCAGAUAUCGGAACUAAAGUGACUUUAAAUCUUCGUCUAGAUAAUAUGUAAGAGAGAACGUUAUGGGCAACUUUAAAGGAAACCGGUCAUAGUUCAUAACGUAAGUUAGAUAUAAAAUGGCGGUUUUAAAAUGUAAAUAAAAAACGACUAGCAAAAUACUUUUCUCUAUUUAUGGCUGCGUAAAAAGCGAAAGAAGCGAGUUUCAAAAAUAUAUCGAUAGUAAAAUCACGUUCAAGUAUGAAAUUCAAUCGGUUUUUCUCGCGAAGUUUUCUUUAGGUAAUAUCCGUGUAAUUACAACCACGUGCGGUCUAAUCUCCGUCGCGGAAAAUGAAGUAUUUACGUCUUAUUUUUUUUCUAAUGUAACUAAUAAAUUACAGAAGAAUAUGCAAAGCAUACUUUAUGGUCAAUCCUUAAGAACCCUUAUCGCUCUCCGCCCACUUUGGGCCAAUUUUCUUAAAUAUAUAUUUUUAAUAAUAUGGGCUAGGCUACAAUCUCACCUGAUGGUAACUUUAUGUAAUCAUAAAACCAAGGUUACACAUCAUGCCUUAAUUUUUUAACGGGUGGAAUACCUCAGCGCGCCCUAUUUGUACAGCCAAGUUUUGAUUGCCAUUUGUGGCAAGUGUACAAAGACAAUUUAAUCAUCUUUUAGUAACAUCAUCCGAAGAGAAACUUCGCGAGAAAUGUCUAUUUACGUACAUUUUAGUCUUUUUAAAGACUUGUAACAGUCGAUACCGAGUUAUUUCAAAUUCCAUUUUCAAAAUAACAAAACUUCUAUUUAUUGUUACAUGUGUGGCGGCGGAAUACAAAUAAAUAUAUCUAAAUUGAAUUUGUCUUCCUACCGUCAAAUAAUAAUUUCAGAUUAUUUAUCAAUAACUGCCCAAUUUUAGAAUAAUAAGCACAUUCAUUGUAACGCACUUCACUCCUUUUAUAUAAAUGUCGUCCAAAUUUUUAUACAUAAGAGAUAUACAAAAAAAAAAAAACAUUUAUUUGCUACCAUUUUGUAUAUUUCUCAUUUCUUGCCAAAAACCGCUUCUAACUCGUACUAAACGCAGUCCAAAAAAGGCUAAAUUAAAAUAAUACGGAUUUGUUUAUGAAAAAAAAUCAUUCACGCACUGAUUGCAAAACCAAAUACUAAUUGUAUAUAAAUUAUCUAUUAUUAUUAGUUUUUAGAAAAUGUAUAAUAGGAUGUAGUGCUAUUGUAAAUUAUCCACAAAGAUUUCUUAAGAAGUUUAUUUGAAUUUAAUUCCGUUUGCUAUAAAAAGAAUCCGUGAAAUUUUGAAGGGUCUGAAAGACCGAAAAUGUUAAGAGUUAUCCGGAAAUUGUAGCAUGGUGCGUAAGGCCGGGUUUCCACUGAUGCGGAGAUGGGCGGAGAAGAGCGGAGAUGUGCGGAUUUGACCAAUCACAGCGUUCGAGAGAGCGAAAAACGAAGAAGCUCUUGUCACUCUCUCCCUCACGGUGAUUGGUCGAUUCCUGCACAUCUCGGCUCACAUCCGCCCAGCUCCGCGUCAAUGGAAACGCGGCCUAAGACGGCUGUCAGAAUGGUAGAUUUCUGUCUCUUUCGCACUAGACUGUUAUCUUUCUGUCUUGCUCAUACUCACCUGCUAGAUCGCAGAAUUUAUAAUCAACGAAGUAUUUCCAUCGAGAAAUACUGAUCUGAAGCAGAGUUCAUAACUUGGUUGAUUUUUUAAUUUCUUUACACAACUUGAGUAAUGAAAUCCUUAAGUGUCAACUGACUUAUGUUACAUUUUACCUUAAGGCGACAACUAUGUUACGUGCGAGAGCGAGACAAAAAUACUUGUAACUCUCUCUUGCUCUUUAAACUAAAGGUCUUAAAUCUAGUACAGUCAUGAGCAAUAUAAUGUACCCACUUUAGGACUCUGUCGCACUAACAUAUUUGACAUUUAGUGACUUACAGUUCAAUUUGUCAAAAAAGUUAAUGUGACAUGGUACCAAAGUGUAUACAUAUUAAUGCUCGUGACCGUACAGUGUCGUUACACGCCGUCGGUAUUUAUAACAUUAUUUACAAUAUAUCCCUUAAGAAAAAAAAUAUAGCGUUCACCACGUGGACCUAAAUAAGGAGUAAUAACGUACGGGCUUGAGUUUAGGCCGGAUUUCCACUGACGCGGAGAUGGGCGGAUUUGACCAAUCACAGCGUUCGAGAGCAGAAAACGAAGACGCUCUGUCACUCUCCCUCACGGUGAUUGGUCAAUUCCUGCACAUCUCCGCGUCAAUGGAAACGCAGCCGAAGACUGUAUGGAUUGAAUCACACUUUUAUGACCCGACGACUACUAUGGCUUAGGCAAGAUUCUUAAAAAUUCAACUCAUUUUUGCCUAGACGUCAAUUUUUCUUCUCUAUUUUGACAAAACAAGUAAGACUUGUUAUUACAUUGAAGAAAAAGUCAAGGCAUAUAAUGGCGCGGUUUCCUACAGACACCUAAAGUUAUACCUGUCAUUUUCUUAUCCGCCGAAAAGGAAAGGGACGGAUGAUUGGCAGCUGUCAGUUUUUAAAAUGAAUGAAUAAACCAAGCAAUUAAAUAGGCAUCUCGCUAGUAUGUAACCCGUUCGAAGUGUGUCGUCAACUUAAUUCUGCCGGGUUAUAGGACUACGUAAAAUUUUGAGAAGGAUGUUUGGGAGUGGUAUUACUAAACUAAUCUCAACUUCGAGACUGCCAUCAAGAUCAUGUCAAUGUGACAGUUCUUAUAUAAAAACAGGGACUUGAGGGCAGUCUCAGCUGAGAUUCUUUUAUAAUGCCACCCUUAAGUUUCUGCCUAAAAUUGACAUGGGUUCCAUUAAGUUUAUGCCUGUCGAUUACCCGUCUCUUUCCUUUUCGGCAGAUAAGAAAAUGACAGGUAUACCUUAUAAUAAAAUUAGAUGGUCUGUACAGGAAUCGGCACCAUUAUGAACAUUUUUGUGGAUUAUAUAAACCUGUAUAUAGCACAUAGUUUUAGGUCUUACUACAUAUAAAUUAUAGUCGUGAUUCCCUGCAUUUCCAUCUUUGGUUUAACAUAAUAAUAAUUAUUUAUCGUUCGACCACCACAGUGAAUAGGAUAGUUUCAUGUUUAAUGGUUAAUUUUGUUUUAUGUAGUUUUGGGUGUCUGUUGCGUAAGGGACAAUAUUACAAGCCGUUUACCAGUGAGAUACAGAAAUCAUCAAAAGUUUGUUACUAUUACUAUAGGUUUUAGUAUUUCAAUUAUUAUCAAAAACCAGGACGGAAAAAAUAACAAACACGUUUUAAGACGGUAUCUCGAAACUGUAUGAAGCUGAGUGUAAAAUAAAAUAAAAACAAAACACUAACUAAAGAAGAAUAAAGCAUUUGGUUUUAGAAUCGUAAAUUAUGCUACAGAACGCCCGUUUUAUGAACUGGGGCAUUAAAAAGGCUACAUUGAAGCAAUUUAUCUCAACAAUAUUGCUAUUUGACAAUUAUUUGUUAAUAUUGCGCUCUAUUGGUUUUUAAUGAAUUGUAUCAAUGUGGCCUUUUAAGCUGAGACAUGCUACUACAUACGUCACUAUUCUCCUAAAACGGGUGUGAGCGAGAUAGAAUAAGGACCCGAUGAGACAUAACGUUGAAUAUAAUGUUAUUUGUCCCGCUCUAUUCUCCGCUAGUUCUUAUCUAUAAGGAAGCUAGUCUUAUAAAAGUUAGACAGACAAAUAUUCUGAGUACUUGUUUUACUUUACACCAGCUUUAAGCUCAAUAAGUACUUUGUGUCGAUGGUAACGAUUUUAGCAGGCAAAAUGUGAUUUUAUUUUAGUAUAAUAGCUCUCAAUAUUGUGGCAUCUGAGCGAGAUACCUUUUUGAUACGCCCGGGUUAUUCAUUCAUUUACUCAUUCUUCUUAAAAUAAGAGCUGUCAAUCAUCCGUCCCUUUCCUUUUCGGCGGAUAAGAAAAUGACAGGUAUAACUUAAAGUAAAAUUAGGAGGUGUCUGCAAGAAUCGUGGCCAUUGUUAAAUUAAAACAAAAUUAAGUUUGUAUCUGCCUGAAUCGGCAUCAUUACAUUACAAUAUUCCAAAAUGUAAUAUUAAAACUCUUGUAAAACAAAGCAAAUUAUGUUAAUUGUAAAUUAUUUUACAGUUGUUAAGAAAUGCUUCCUUUGUUGAUUAAUUUAUUAUAAAUUAAAAAAUAACUACACAUACAAAGAUCAUCUGCAUUUGGUAAGCGUUAAGAUUGUGGAUAUAAUAUUACUAUAAAUUAUUUCGGAUAUUACGCUACGGAUAAUUUUGUUUACUGUGAUAAGGUUUUUGUUUGCACCCUUCUAAAAUAAAUUUUGGAUUGGUA